AUGGCUUCUCAAAAUUACUUCACCUUCUUUACACUCUAUCUCUUCUUCUAUUUUCUAAGCACAACAACAACACUUGCAAGCCCAAAACCAGUCAUUUUCGACAUAAGAAACGACUUGCCUAACAACGUUGUAGGCAAUCUAGCACUUAGAUGUGGCCAAGACCCUACCUCUAAUCCCAAAGUAGGAGAACACUACAACCGAACUUUCAAGGUGGAUCAAAGUUUGGAUUGCACUGCUCAGUGGACUAGGUUUUUCCUUACUUGGGAUGGGUAUCAAGAAAAGAGGGACGGUGGUCAUUCAACCAUUUACUGGUCUGUUAGAAAGGAUGGUUUCUAUCACAGCUUUGAUGCAUCUAACUGGAAACGGGUAGAGACAUGGGGUACUGAUUGA